UCUGGUCACGUGACCUUUUCAAUCUGUCACACACUACAAGAUCUUUCAGCCAAAUAUCCUCGAACAUUUUUAGGGCAAAAAUUGGUAUUUUAGCCCUCAUAUGAAAUCUCAAAUAAAUCCUUACUACAACCGAUCCACGCAGAACAAGCUGUAAUGUCUGGAAUAGCUUUGGGAAGGCUUGCCGAGGAAAGAAAAGCGUGGAGAAAAGAUCAUCCAUUUGGAUUUGUCGCAAAACCAGUUAAAAACGAGGAUGGCUCUCUGAAUCUUAUGAAUUGGGAGUGUGCGAUACCUGGCAAAAAAGGGACACCAUGGGAGAAUGGAAAAUAUAUGUUGCGGAUGAUAUUUAAAGACGAUUAUCCCUCUACGCCUCCUAAAUGUAAAUUUGAGCCGCCCAUCUUUCAUCCCAACGUUUACCCCUCAGGCACAGUGUGCCUGUCUUUACUGGAUGAGGAGAAAGACUGGAGACCUGCUGUCACCAUUAAACAGAUACUACUAGGUAUACAAGAUUUACUUAAUGAUCCUAACAUCAAAGACCCUGCUCAAGCAGAGGCUUACACAAUUUACUGCCAAAACAGAGCAGAGUAUGAAAAACGAGUAAGACAACAAGCAGAAAAGUUCUCUCAAUCAUAACCCUAUCUUAACCAUUCUGUAAACUAUUACAAAAAGACGAACACCUGCAUCUCCACUGUUUGAUGAUGUGUGGCUAUCACAGAAGUAUAUUGCUGAGAAGAUUCUCCCCGAAGGGGCUGUGGACUAUGCUAAAGAUGGGGACGAACCUGCGAUCUUCAGUCCUUUAUUUCUAAAUUUGUUCGAACUUUUUCCUUUGUACCACACAGGCCCUUCUUGUUUUUGUGCUCACAAUUCUGAGUCUUAGAGAUGAAUGAAAGUGUACUAAGAAAGCCAUGUGUAUUUGUAUAAGUUCACACGGCUUGAAAAGGUGAACAAAUUAGCGGAAAGGUCUGGACUGCAAUUUGAUUGCAGUUCCUGUCAAAUGUGAACCUGUUGAACAUAUUGAAUUAGAUUAAUAUGUAUAAAGAGAGUUAUAAAACUCUCAUGGGGCUCUCUGCAAUGUACCGUAAACUGUCAUUCUAUUGGAACUGCAUAACUAAAUAUUGUUAUUUAGUA